AUGUCAGCCCCUUGGACGCCUGGCCACACUCGGGGUAACACCCCCGAUUCUGGGCCUGGUUCGAACCCGUUUGAGCGUAAUCCAUUCGACACUGACGACAGUGCUGCCGUUUCCCUGGCAAGCAACUCAACAUUCACCGUGAAUGUCAUUGAUCAUGAUCGCAACAGUCAUGAAGGUCUUGCUGGUCAGCAAGCCCCUCGUAGACCUGGAGCUGGCGCCGUUCCUUCGCAUCACCGCUUGAGUCGACCAGAAAUCGAACCCUCCCCGCUGGGCAGAGCACAGCUCGGCGUCAAUGAUGAGAGCGAGAAAUACGAGAAUCCAUCAACCUCUACUCUCAGUGUCGGCCAAGGCCACCUCGCAGGUCGUGCGGAUGGCGCCAUCAUACAGGUCGAUCCUGAGAAGAUCACUGAGAAGCAUGUCACUGCUUUGCGGCCUGGGUCCGACCUUCCAUUCCACAAGCGCAUGUAUCACAAGUUCAGGAGAACAUACAACCCGAUCGAGCCUCCACCCCUGGUCUUACCCGUCUGCCCGACUGAUGAGGAGAAAAUCAUGUAUACCAGCACCAACCGCAUUUUACUCUACGUUUUCGGCGUCGUCUCAUUCCUUGCUCUUGGCGCGGGCAUGUGGCUCUUCACCCUGUCCUCGCCUGUCUUUUACUGGUAUGGAGUCUUUGCUGGUUGCAUGUGCCUGUACCUCCUCAUCUCCUAUGGUGUUGGUAUCGUUGGCCGCGACUGGGACUACCAAUCACAUCUCGACCGCGUUGAACGAUUCCCCAUUGAUGACCUCAAUGCCGCGACGGUCGACAUAUACCUUCCCAUUUGCAAGGAACCGAUAGAGAUUCUUGAGAACACCUGGAACCACAUUGCUCGCAUGGAUUGGCCAGCCAACAAACUCAAGGUCUACGUCAUGGACGAUGGUGCUCAGGAAGAGGUUCGUCUGCUGGCUGAGCGGUUUGGAUUCAUCUACUCUGUCCGCGAGGAUAGACCCCGUCUUCGCAAGGCAGGGAAUCUGCGAUGGACCUUCGCGCGGACCGACGGCGAAUUCUUCUGCAUUUUUGAUGCCGACUUUUGUCCACGUCCCGACUUCGUCAAGGAACUUAUGGUUGAGCACCUCGAUGACGAGAAGACCGCAAUCGUCCAGAGCCCUCAGUUCUUCCGUGUUCUGGAUGAGCAGACUUGGGUCGAGCAGGGUGCUGGUGCUACGCAGGAGCUGUUCUACCGUGUUGUUCAAGUCAACCGCAAUCGCUGGGGCGCUUCGAUUUGCGUUGGCAGCAACGCCAUGUACCGUCGUGCGGCUCUCGUUGACGUUGGAGGUACUGCCGAGAUUGGUUUCUCCGAGGAUGUUCAUACGGGCUUUGGCGCGGUAGACCGUGGUUGGAAGGUCAAGUAUAUUCCUCUCUGUCUCGCCACCGGCGUCUGCCCAGAUUCGCCUCGGGCCUUCUUCUCCCAGCAGAUGCGAUGGGCUCGUGGCAGCACGACGCUGUUGACGAAUGGUCACUUCUGGGUUUCGAACCUCACGUUCAUGCAGAAGGUUUGCUAUCUGUCAGGGUUUCUCUACUACUCUGCCGUCUCUGCCAACAUCUUCCUGUCUCCCAUCGCGGGCACCCUGCUGCUCGCCAUCCGUCCCGAGUGGUUUAAGUUCUGGAACCUGGCAUUCGCAAUCCCCUCGAUUCUUUAUGGCGUUAUCCUGAUGCGCGUUUGGUCCAAAGCCACCUACGGCUUCAACGUCCAACACAUCAUGACUGUCCAGAGCUACGCCUAUCUCACUGCGAUCAAAGACCGCGUCUUCAACAUUGAGCUUCUCUGGGCUGCCUCCGGCGAUAGCAAAGCCCACAAGAGCAACAAGUACCGCAACAUGCGCCUUCUCUGCAUCAUCUGGACCCUGAUCGUCACUGGCUCCAUGAUUGGCGUGGUGACUUGGCGACUGGUCACCGGCUUCACUUGGUACCACACGAUCCCGUUGAUCCUCAUCAACGUCUCCAACUUCUUCAUUCACCACUACUUCAUGUUCUGCAAU